CUGCGGGACCUUCCCUAAGAAAACUAAACCCGAUCCGACAACCCAUCAACCCACUAAUCACAAACCGAUGAAACCACCUUCCCAUCUUCAUUCAUAACACCCUCUUGAAUUUCCAAAUUUCCCCACCACAGAAACACACAGAAUGAAACCACCAAGAUUCAAUUACACUGUCGCCAUUUCAAAGUUAAUAAACAACCCCAAACACUCUUCAAACCCACAUCAAAUCUUGAAUCUCUUUCCCAAAAAUCCAUCAUUUUUCCGGUCAUAUUCUUCUUCUUCAUCAUCAGGGCCACCGGACCCACCACUUUCCGGCGUCGUUGACCCAAUCCCCAUCGCUUCCACCGUCUCGUCACCGGACCCCCAACAUGACGGUGUAUCAGCCAUUGAUGCUGGGUCUUCGUUGCGCAAACCGAUUAGUUUGUGGCCGGGUAUGUAUCAUUCUCCGGUGACCAAUGCUCUUUGGCAAGCAAGAUCCAUUAUUUUCGAGACCACAACAGCCACCGGUGAUGACAAAGUUGCUAGUAAAAGUCCGGCUGAUAGCCGGACAACUAUUCUUUAUCCGUUUUCUUCGGAUUAUAUUCUCCGGGAACAGUACCGGAAUCCGUGGAAUGGGAUUCGGGUUGGUAAAUUGCUCGAAGAUCUUGACGCGUUGGCCGGUACCAUUUCGUUCAAACAUUGCUUCAAUCAUGUUAGUAUGGCUGAGUCACUGUUGCUGGUGACUGCUUCUGUGGACAAAAUGGUUAUUAAAAAGCCGAUUGUGGUGGACAGUGAUUUGAAGAUAGCAGGAGCAGUUACAUGGGUUGGAAGAUCAUCCUUGGAGAUUCAACUGGAAGUUCUUCAAUCCACUGAAGAAUCAUCUGAUCCUCAAGACUCACAGGCUCUAAUCGCAAACUUCACAUUUGUGGCCCGUGACUCCAAGACGGGCAAAUCAGCAACUAUAAACCAAAUCACACCCGAGACCGAAAAAGAGAAAUUGCUAUGGAAAGAAGCCGACGAGAGGAACAGAUUACGAAAAGAGAGAAGAUUACAACAAAAAAAGGAGAUUGAUAACGAAAAGGAAGCGGAGAGGCUAAACGCAUUGCUGGCAGAAGGACGCGUGUUCAUCGACAUGCCUGCUUUGGCAGAUAGAGAUAGCAUUCUUAUACAAGAUACGUGCACGCAAAAUUCAUUGGUAUGCAUGCCACAACAAAGGAACACCCAUGGCAGGAUAUUUGGAGGAUUUUUGAUGCGGAGAGCUUUUGAGCUGGCUUUUGCAACCGCUUACGCGUUUGGUGGCAGUGCUCCGCUCUUUCUUGAGGUUGAUCAUGUUGAUUUCUUGAAGCCUGUUGAUGUUGGAAAUUUUCUGCGGUUCAAGUCAUGUGUUUUGUUCACUGAACUUGAGAACCCUGAGAAACCUUUGAUAAACAUAGAAGUUGUAGCUCAUGUGACUCGGCCCGAGCUCAGAACUGCAGAGGUAUCUAACAAGUUCUACUUCACAUUUACAACGAUGAGUGGCGCCGCAAACACUAAGAUCCGCAGUGUUGUUCCAGCUACAGAGGAAGAGGCACGCCGAGUGAUUGAACGAAUUGAUGCUGAGAAGUGUUGACCAUGACACUGAAAGUCAAUCAUCGUUUUUAUGGAAAUUGACCAUCUAAUUUUCGUUGAGCGGCAUUUGCAGACUAAGAUCAAGUAUGCAGAGCUACAAGUAAAGGUAAUUGUCGAUUGUUGCACAAAAACAGAUUUUGUUAACAUGUGAUCAAGAAUGCUCUUAGCGCAUGUCAAUUUGCUUAAGUAAUUUGACGUGCAGAUUAUCGUUGUAUACAAAUAGUAUGAAAUAAACUUGUGAUUGAACUUGAUGUUAUGAAUAUCUUCAAAUAAUUAUAGAUACAUAAAUUGGGUUUAGUGGUUUA